AUGCUCACUUCACUCCAGACCGGACUCUUGGCUGUAGCAGGCGUCACCUUUAUGUGGGCGACUGAUGUCUACGACGGGGGCUUCCUAAAUGACGUCUUCAUGGUGACCGCCAACUCCACCGUCAGCCUGCGUCAGCUCGCACUGGCGGACAUUGUUUCGGCGGCCACGCAGAGUCUCUUCAGAGGGGGAAGACAGAACCUGGAAAUUUAUCGCUGGCUGCCUCCCGAACUCCAAGACGGAGCUGACGCCUCGCAAAAACCUGCGAUUCUCACCGGCACAACGGUACUUGCUGGAAUCCUUCUUCUUGUCUUUCCAAUUUGCAUAGCCGUGAUGAGCUGCGGUUGUUGUCGUGUGCCGAAACACAGCUCCAGUGCAAUAAAUACCAAACUUGGUUCGGAUUCGCCGGGAACCUAUUCCACAAGUUCCGAUGCACGUUUGCUCGAAAAGCUUCACGCUCACACACUAAGUGCAAUGACCUCAAGUUCACAAAACAUUCUCAAAUUCCGCAUUUACCAUGGAUUCGCGUUUGCGGUGACAUUCCUUUUGAUGCUGUCUCUCCUGGCGAUGAUUGUCGUCUACCUGAAUGCAGGACUCCUUCUGACGGAGACGCUGCGUGAGACGCCGACCAAUAGUUCCACCUUCGACGACGAAGCAGUGACCCUGGUUGGCGGUCUGCGGUUCGCAUUUGGAAAAACAGUCGACUUCCUUCAGACGGCCGUUGUCACCGGCCGUGAGUCGACGCAGACGUUCCUAAGUCGAACCAAUACAACACUCGUUUCACUGCUAGAGCAGGGUGUGUCGACUGCCGUGGACGAACUGCUGGUCAGCUACGGCGUGGAAAACCUGCUGGAGACGGGGAAGCGUCUUCGGGGGGAUUUGAGCGCACUGCAGACAAACAUGGACCACAUUCGGCUGAACAACCAGAAGGUCAGCGCUGACAUCUCCAGCCUCGUUGGUCAGUUCAAGGUCAUCCACGACCUUGUUCACCCCGAACUCCAAAAUGUGUGCAAAACUGACUACGGGCCCCAACUGAAUGCGACGUGCUCUAGCCUCAAGGAUCGUUCUUCCAUCCUGAUUAUCCAGUUCAAUGCAACGGCAAUUAAGGUUGACCCACCAGCCGUUCUUCAUUUUCUUUUCAACGAGCUCGGAAUUGACCUGGACGCCCUCCUCAGUCAGAUAACCCAGGUCUCUGAUAAGGUUGUGGAAGUUAAGGGCCAGGUCUUGGAUAAAAUAUUCUCCUUCCUAGAUCUGAGCUCUUUCUUCUCUCCAGUAAUCCAGAUCUGGGAAACGGUCUCCAACGAGACCAAAAAUGUAAAUGAGACAUUUGGGAAUCUCAUCAAUCAGACGUCGAAGGGUGUCGAUUCUGCUAGGGUGAUUUUUGAUGCCGUCGUUUACACCCCAGCAGCGAUUCUUAUAUUAAUAUUGGUCGUAGACGUCGCCGUCACCAUUGUUUAUGCCAUCGAGGCAUGGAAAAUGGGGCUUUUUGUGAAGCGCUAUGUUGAAUCUGACAGGGCAGUCGACAGCAGCAUGGACACGGGAGUGUGCAAUAACACAGCGUACUGCGUCUCCGCGAUAUUCUUCGCGUUGUUUCUUCUGCUCACGUCGCUGGUUGUGAUCGUGGUCCUUCCUGGAACCACCGUGGUUGCCAGCAGCGGUUGCGUCUACCUGACGGAAACCAAGGGUGUCGCUCAAUCCGACUACGUCCUCAAUUCAUACAUAGCGAAUGAGGUAUGGCCCGGAGUUCUUGGUCAGAUUGAAGCCAUUUUAAACUCUCCAACUCUGGAUUUCCUAAGCCUGCCUGCACCCAGAAAUGUAAUUAACGCUACGACUGUGAGCUGUCAACCCCUGCAGCGUGCCUCUCAAGGAGGCCUGAUUAGCGCUGUUGGGUGGACCUCCUUUAUCGACGUUUCUAAGUUGUUAAACAGUCAAGAAAUUGAUUCAAAGAUAAAAGAAGGUGAGAAAGUUAUGAAAGACGAGGUUACAAAGUUAAACCUGGCAAGCUAUAUUCCAAAAGACUUGGACAAACUGGCGGGGACAACAAAAAAUCUGACUCAAUAUUUCGACAAAGUGGACUACACAGAUUCAAUCAAUGAACUUUCACAUGAUCGCCUACCCACAACAGAAUUGACGCGUUAUGCUGAUGAUCUCAUAGCAUUUGUUGAAGGGCUACGUUUGCUGGGCUUGAACGAAAAUCCCAUUCUGAAGCGAAGUGCUGAACUGAUAUACAGCAGUCUUAAGACGUCCCAGGUUGUUGAAGAGGAAGCCAUGAAACUUCGGGAUGCUUUUGUUGCCGUUCAAAUGCGUCGAAAUCUUACAAAUGGCAUUGAUUAUUUGCUUGAAAGCGUCGAAACCGUAAGAGUGAUUGUUAGCAACCAAACGGCUCUCCUCGAGCCUAUCUCAGGCGUGUACUCAAAGUUGGUGGUGCAGUUCAAAAGCGACUUAAGCUUGAGCCUAAGUCCAGUCAUCCAGACGUUCACUCAGGAUCUGCUGCCGUGCGCUGACCUAUACAGGGCCGUAGAUGCCCUCCUUGUGAUGACCUGCAAGCAGAACGGCGAGAUCAGUCGAAUAUUCGCAUGGGCCUACUCGCUGUCGGUUUCAAUUUUGAUAGCAACAUUGCUAUUUUUCAGUCUUUUUCACCUUGCAUUUGUCCAAUCACACCAAUUUCGACGUCUCCGAAUAUCGAAUAAAACAGAUACAAACUUCAAACCGCCUCCCCCUUUGUCUUUCAAUCGAUAUGUAUCAGCCCCUUUCCAACGCCCCGAUUCAGUUCCUUCCGUCCCCAACGCCUCGUUGCCGUUCUCCUCGCACCUCUACACUCACCCUCGUGACAACCCUCAAAAGACAUCCACGGAAUCUCCACCGCUUCGACAAGGGAGUCGUCUGGCCGCGCCAAUACCCCAGACAUACAGUUACGCCCAGCCCCAUGGGCGUAGUGCUACAGGUUUCGGACCAUUGACGGUGGCUACCACUAAUUCCUCGCCCGAAGGCCUGUCCUUCGGGACUUUCACAGAUUCAUACAUAUCGCAGAAAACACACACUGAGGAGGCAGGGGAAGCAACCGUUUCCCAGGCAACAGCAAUGAAGGAAGAAAAGCCACCCUUCAAACCGGUGCCUCUGCGCAGGAGCCAGAACGGAUAUGUGCCAGCUGAAGUAGUCACCCGAGUGACACCUUCUCAAUUUGAUGAUUACGAAAUGCAAGAGAACGAAGAGAGCUCCUUUUAUGACAUCUAA